AACCCUGCAUUUGGCCGCAAAUACAGAGUUAACUAGAAGUGGAAAAGAAAGAAAAGCGUACAAAAAGUUGUGCAACGUGAAUAAUUAACAAAUAAAAACAGUGAAAAAAGUGAUUGCGCUUAACGACAAUUAUGACGGUCAACAAGCGGGACGCGAGUGCGACGCGACCGCGUUGCUUUUUCGACAUAACGCUCGGCGGUUUGAGCGUCGGUCGCAUCGUCUUUGAGCUGUUUAGCGACAUUGCACCGAAGACCGUUGAGAAUUUCCGUUCGCUGUGCACGGGCGAAAAGGGCACCGGACUUGUCACCGGCAAGCGACUCCACUACAAAGGUGUCAUCUUCCAUCGCGUGGUCAAGGAUUUUAUGGUGCAGGCUGGCGAUUUCAGUGCGGGCAACGGCACCGGCGGCGAAUCAAUUUAUGGCGGCACAUUCGAGGACGAGUGCUUUGAGAAGAAGCACGAUCGACCAUUUCUGCUGUCGAUGGCGAAUCGUGGCAAGAACACAAACGGUUCGCAGUUCUUUAUUACAACACAGCCUGCGCCACACUUGGACAAUAUCCAUGUUGUAUUCGGUCAUGUUUUAUCCGGUCAGGAUUUGGUGCGUCAAUUAGAGGAUCUGCCCAUUGAUCGCAAUUCGCGCCCGCUGCAGGAUGCGGCCAUAGUCAACUGUGGCGAACUGGUUAAGCAAUCAAAGGCAAAGAAGGAGAAGAAACGCAGAAAGCGUUCAACGGCCACUGAGGAAUCAGGCAGCGAGAACGAGCAGCUGGUGGAGGCCAAGCAGCAGCGCAAGGACAAAGCAAAGAAGAAGCGAUCACACAAGGAGUCCAAAUCCAGCGACAGUGAAAACAGCGAUUCGGGACGUGCUGUGCGUGGCAAUGGACGUGAGGAGCACCAUGAUGAGGAGGGCGAAAUUCAUCCGUUGGUCACCAUCACAAAAAUCGAUCCUAGCGAAAUACCCGAGGUGUCGAAUAAAUUCCUAAUGCGUGCCGAGCGAUCGCGUUCCCGCGAGGAUCGAGGCGGCGGACGCGAUGUGUCACGCGAGGCACGUCAGCGUGAACGCGACCAUGAGCGGGACCGUGAACGGGACGAGCGGGAUCGGGGCAGGGAGCGGAAUCGCAAUGCGUUUGGCUGGUCAAAGAAACAGGUGCCCACCUCACGCAGUGGUCGCAUCGUCAAGGGACGCGGUGUCUUUCGUUUUAGGACUCCGUCGCGCAGUCGCUCGAAGAGCAUAACGCCGCCGCAUUGGAAGCAUGCGCAGAAGCGCACCAUUAAGCUGUCGGAUCUGGAGCGCAUGGAGGAGGAGAACAAGAUGCGAGACGAGGAGGUGCGGCGUCGCGAACAGGAGCGCAAAAAGCGCCACGAGGAGGCCUCCAAGGAUCCAAAGAAAUCGUACUUUGAGCUAAGCCAUGCCAGCACCUACGGCGGCAAAGUGACACCAGACAAAUCAUCGCCGUCGAAACAGAAACGGCAGCCGAACAGCAGCAGCAAGGAUGCUGCUGCGGACCGUUCAAAGCCAGCGAAGGAGACACACGAGCCGCCCAAGGAGAAGGAGCGCGAAAAGGAGAAGCCGCCCAAAGAGGAGGCGCCGCCCAAGCGUCGCAAAUCGGUGGACAUGAACGCCUUGGACUACGAACAGCAGACGGACAGUGAGGACUCGGAGCCGGAGGAGCAAGCCAGCAAACAACCCAUGCGCAAGCUGAGCGAAUCCAAGCCAGCGCCAGCAAAGGUUGUCGAAGCGGCGCCGGAAAAUCGCAAGAAGCGCGACGAGCGCAAAGCAGACGACCGGCAUCGCGAGCCGGAGAGAUCGAAGCGCAGCCGUGAACGUUCCAGUUCCCGCAAUCGCAACAGAAGUCGCUCCCGAUCCCCGCAACGUCGUCGCUCCCCGGCACGUCGCCAGCAGCAGCAGCAGCAGCGUUCGCCAGCCCGCCAGCGGCAGAGCAACAACAGCCACAACAACAAUAACGGCAGCAGCAACAACAACAACAAUCACAACAACAACAUGACUCAGAGUCAGUUCAAUCGCAGCCGGCGCAAUCCGUUUGCGGAUCGGGAUCGUCGCCAGCGUUCGCCGGACAACGAGUACCGCAAUCGCUUCCCGCUGUCGCCCAUACGAACGCGCAGCUCGCCGGCGGAGCGACGCCGCAGCUCCCGAGAGCGCCAGCGGAGUCGGGGACGGCGGCAGGCAUCGCCCGGCAAUCGGAGGCGGGGCGGUGAGUCGCCGGACCGGAGACGUCAGGAGUCGCCGGUGAGGAAGCGACAAGAGUCGCCCGAACGGAGACGACGCCAAGAAUCGCCGCCGCCGGCGCCGCCAAGGAAGCGCCACGAUUCCCGACGAGAUUCAGUCGAUCGCAAGCGACGCGAUUCGCCCAGCCGCAAGCGGAACGCGUCCGCCGAGCGACGACGCAGUCGCAGUCGUGGCAGGAGCAGCAGCCGGCCACGUCAGCGUCGCUCGCGGGAUCGCAGUGUGGCAAAGGUCGCCGCCACCGCCGCCGCUGCUGCGGAGUCCGAGGAUAAGGAUAAGGCGGCACGCGAGAAAAUGCAGAAGCGGGCGGAGGCGGCGCUGCUGCUCAAGGAGCACAUGCGCAAGGAGAUCGCCAAGGAGGAGGAGCGGCGCGCGGAGAAGCAGCGCCAGGAUGAGCUGGAGAAGGAGCGUACCACGCGCGAGCUGAACGAGCUGGAGCGCCUCAAGGCGGAGACGCUGAAGAAACUGCAGGAGGAGGAGCGCGCCGAGCAGCAGCAGGAGCAGGAUGCGUCGGCGGCGGCGAGUCGAGCGAGGCGCGAAAGUCGCGGCAGCAGCCACGACACCAAGAAGCGCAAGCAUAAAAAGUCCAAGAAGCAAUCGACGCGCUCACCGCGCUCCGACUCGGAUUAGGAGCAGGAAGAAGAACGCCUCAUUGAAAUCAAUCACAGUCAAGCAAUUAAAAAUAUGUAAUGUAAACACAUAAUACAAUUGUAAAAAUCAGCUCACCAAUUCUAUGCAAUUCUAGCGCCCAAUAAAACCAAAAUUUACUACA